AUGAAUAUUUGCCCUAUCCGAUAUACUCCAUAUUUGAAUAAUUCAAAAAGAAGACAAAGGAUGGCUGAUCCCAAUAGAGCAAAAAGCUCUCAAGGGAUGAGAUUAAAUUCUUCAAGUCAAAACAGAUGCUCGACAUAAUAAAGUCCUAACCGAACUCCUAGUUAAGGAGAAUUGCAACAAUUAGAAGUAUGAUGAGAUUUGUUUUGAAUGAUAGAUUUAACAUCAGGUUGGACCAAUUGCACAGGUAAUAGUUAAUUGAGUGUGUGUCUAGAAUUACUAAUAAUUGUUUCUGUCAACCCAGAUCAGGAGAAGUCCAUCGUUUCGAUUGAAGAAUUAUCAUGCAGCCGAAAUCACAUCGAGUACACAAUCAAAUUCAUACUAAAAAAGACAAAAUUUUAUUGUAAGUGGAAAGUAUUGAAUAUACUAAAUAUAGUUAAAGCAAGGAAGAGAGAAUAAAUAGAAUAAAUUUCUUAGGUGAUUUAUUACAUUAAAUGGAGUAAAAUGGAUAAUAAACAAAGCAAUCUCUGUCUACUGAAAUGACCACAGUGCCUAAACCGAAAUUUGAAAUUCUGAAUGCAAGAACAUUAACUGAAUAUGAAUAAAACAUAGAAGAAUUGCACUUUUAUCUUGUAGACUCCUAAUAAAGAACAAAAUAGUAUGCUCAAGUAAUUGAAAAGCAAAAAUCAAUAAUUGAAUAUAAUUGA